AUGGCUCUACAAAACAUAUGGCAGGAAUUCUACAAAGAGUCGGAAAAUAUGCGUCCUGGCAAACGUAGACCUUAUGACUACAAGUUUCUUAGAAGGACGUCAAUAGAAGAAGCGAAACAUCGUUACAUCAUGUUUGGACUUUUGUUGAAGUGUUUGUUCCUAGCGAUUGUAGCCAAACAAUGUGCUGGUCAAGAACAAAAGGAUAAUACUACACUAAAGCCGGACAUACCUUGCUGCGUGGCAGGUACCAUGAAAUUCGACUUGAGUUCUCAGUCUUACAUUCCGAGAAACGUCGCCAAUAUGGAAGUCAUAUAUGAUAGGACAUCUCGACCCAAUCGGAAAUGUAGCCGUGAGAUUGUCGUCAAGGCGAACUUUGAAAAAACUAAAUGCGGCUGUCGAGUACCUCCAGAUUGUGGAAGAAAGAUGCUGAGAAUCGAUAUGGACAUCAGUUAUAAUCGAGGAUCGUACCUGUUCGCAAUGGGAGACAGUGUCUCCAACGAUGGCUGGGGUGGCGACGGCAGUGACCAGCAAAACGAUGCCGAGCUUUUUGGCUACGGCGACUUCUUCUUUUUGUUCAAAGGAGACAAAUGCCUGGCUAAUUCUUCGUACACGACACUGUUCUCUGGUUCACUGACACCAGACGUCUUCAACCACGUCACAGUGUUUGUAAGUAACGAGCAUAUCCGAUUCAUAACUGACUUCGGUCAAGUGGAUGAACAAGUCUGUCACCGCUGUCUUUACGCAUUGGCUGGACAGUCAGACAGUAGCAGUGGAGGCAUCAACGAAGAUGUCUUCGUGUCUUUUAACCGGAUGAUACGUACGAGCUCUGGGCGGAUCGGAUUUGGAGUUUGCACUGCUAGUAUCCAGUGGGUUUGCCCAUAUACAUUCAACAACUGAAUAGACACCUAUUUCCUGUUUGCAAGUUUUCUAACUUUCACUUUUAC